UGCUGGGCCCGUCCCCCAACAUGGCUCUGGCUCCAACCCUGCUGCCGCUCCUCCGGGCGGGCACCCUAUCCAGGUUGCACUGGCUGGAUUUUCUGGGAAAGGCCUCCCCAUGGGCUUCACAGCACAGCCUGCGGAUGUAUGGAAGUGUUCCUGUUCCAGGGAUCUUUCAGCAAGAAGAUGACGAUAUCCAAGACAAGAUUUUGUCUGAACCCCUCAAACACUCUGAUUUCUUUAAUAUAAAGGAACUGUUUUCCCUCAAAACCCUUUUUGAUGCAAGAGUACACUUGGGACACAAAAAAGGUUGCCGUCACAGGUUUAUGGAACCAUAUAUCUUUGGGACCCGCCUAGAACAGGACAUCAUUGACUUAGACCAAACGGUCAAGCAUCUCCAGCUGGCUCUGAACUUCACCGCCCAUGUGGCCUAUCGGAAAGGAAUUAUUUUGUUUGUGAGCCGAAACCGUCAGUUUACCCACUUAAUAGAAAAACUGGCCGUGGACUGUGAAGAGUAUGCCCACACCCGAUAUUUUAAAGGGGGCCUGCUAACCAAUGCCCCUGUCCAGUUUGGCCCUGGAGUCCGUCUGCCAGAUCUAAUGAUCUUCUUCCAUACCCUCAACAAUGUCUUUGAGACACAUGUGGCUGUGAGAGAUGCUGCUAAGAUGAACAUCCCUACUGUGGGCAUUGUGGACACAAACUGCAACCCAUGCCUUAUUUCCUACCCCAUUCCCGGAAAUGACGAUUCCCCUGACUCCAUCAAGCUCUUCUGCCAUCUCUUUGGAAUGGCCAUCAAGCGAGCUAAGGCAAAAAGGAAGCAAAUGGAAUUCCUCUACAGCCUGCAAAGCAAACAGACAAGACAGGAGAUACCUCCCAGUAGCCCCCAAGCCCAGCUCAGUUAGGAUGUAGACUAUGAUGGACUGAGGAAGCCAAGUCUUGUAAAGGUUUAGCUGACUUCUAUCAAAAUAAAAACUAGACUUGAACACUC